CACUUAUUUUUGUGAGAUCUUCCUUUUUAGCGAUGGCACCGAAAGCCCAUAAAGCAAAAUAAAUUAUACGCGGGCCCAGAUUAAGAAACGCCCAUUUAUCCACACGUGCGAAGCCCACAUUGUACGAUUCAUUUCUCCCUCUUUGCACGCACGCGUGCACACACACACACACACAACACUACAACAGCAAACCCAAACGAAGAGGGAAGAAGAGAAUCAACAGAAACCCUAGGGUACAACUCCAUUUGCUCGAAGUACUAUCACUACAGCUCUCGCAAAUGGAAGCGGAAGAUGAUGCUGCGGGGGCUGUUAUCGGGGACGAAGAGAUCUACGCCAACGGCCGGGACGAAGGCGAUUCGCAGCGGCACCGCCCCAUCAUCAGCGGCGAGCAGCUCGACAUCGAGGCCUACGCCGCGCUGUACACCGGCCGCACAAAGAUUACGCGCCUACUCUUCAUCGCCGAUAAAUGCGACGUCCCUUCGAUGGAGCUGGAGGCUCUGCGGAUGGCGUACGACGAGAUCAAGAAGGGCGAGAACACGCAGCUCUUCAGAGAGGUUGUCGGUAAGAUCAAUGGCCGAUUGGGCCCGAAUUACGGCAUGGAUAAUGCCUGGGCUGAUGCCGUGGACCGACGGGCCGAGACGAGAAAGGAGAAGCUUGAAAAUGAACUCAAUGCUUACAGGACAAAUUUGAUCAAGGAGAGCAUUCGGAUGGGGUACAAUGAUUUCGGGGAUUUCUACUAUGCACACGGUCAACUUGGUGAAGCAUUUAAAAAUUAUGUCCGCACACGCGACUACUGCACAACCUCGAAACAUAUAAUUCAUAUGUGUCUAAAUGCAAUUCUGGUUAGCAUUGAGAUGGGUCAAUUCACACACGUUACAAGUUAUGUUAGUAAAGCUGAGCAAAGCCAAGAUGCCUUGGAUCCUGUUACAAUUGCAAAACUACGUUGUGCUGCUGGAUUGGCUCACCUUGAAGGGAAAAAAUAUAAGCUUGCUGCUCGUAAGUUCCUGGAAGUUGGCCCAGAACUUGGGAACAACUACACUGAAGUAAUUGCAUCGCAAGAUGUUGCAACAUACGGCAGUCUCUGUGCUCUUGCAAGUUUUGACCGCUCAGAACUGAAGAGCAAAGUCAUUGAUAACACCAAUUUCCGGAAUUUCUUGGAAUUGGUACCUGAGAUAAGGGAACUCAUUAAUGACUUCCAUACCAGCCAUUAUGCUUCCUGUCUGGAAUAUCUAGGAAAUCUCAAGACAAACUUGUUGCUUGAUAUCCAUUUACAUGAUCAUGUGGAGACUCUAUACGAGCAAAUACGUAGCAAAGCUCUGAUCCAGUACACACUUCCGUUCGUCUCUGUAGACCUUAAUUCGAUGGCAAAUGCCUUCAAUACAAGUGUUACAGGCCUGGAGAAAGAACUUGAAGCCCUGAUCACUAAUGACCAAAUACAGGUAAAAUACAUAGCUUCUGUUUUGGCACUCUUGGUAACAUGUUUCUUAUGCAUGAUAUCUACGGGCAUGAUCCUGCAGGCUCGAAUUGACUCCCAUAACAAGGUUCUUUAUGCUCGGCACGCUGAUCAGAGGAAUGGCACGUUCCAGCGCGUCCUGGUGACUGGCACCGAAGUUGAUCGCGAACUCAGAGCACUGCUUUUGAGAGCAAACCUCAUCAAACAUGAAUACAAUCUUAAGGCGUCGCGGAAACAUUAAGUGGGGGUUCGUAUGAACAGGAUAGCUGUUUUGAUGGAGGUUGAAAAUUCGAAGUUUGGAAGAUUCACAGGCUAUGGAAGAGGAGUGUCGACUGCGUUGAAUCUUCUAUAGCUGAUGCAGAUCACAAUGAUUCAACCUCAACUCUAGAGCAUUUGAUUUAUCAUAUCUGUAGAUUCUCUGUUCAUAAUCUGGAAUGUUACUGAAUUUGGUCUCUUUCUUCCAUGGCUAUUUUGUGUUCACCGAUGUUACCUGGUGCAGAAAUAUCAAAAUUAUGGUUAUGGUGAUAAACAAUAAUCUGAGAUUUCUGUUCACAAUAUUAGUCUUCAUUUUAG